GGUCGCGUCUUUCGUGCGGUUUCUUCGUUGAUCAUAACAGCAGUCCAUAGGCAGUGCUGUGGUGUGACAGCUUUUGAUGAGUGAUUUUUUUUUGGAAUCGUGCUCGGUGAAGAUUUGCAGGAAGAGCAUUCUCGAUUGAGAGGCAAGUGUCACUACUGACGAUGACGGCGACGACGACGACGACGACGACGACGGCGACGUGAUGUUUGGAUAUUUUGGCUCCAUGGAUAGUCUUUAUUGGCAGGGGCGGCUCGGCAGUGGCUUUAUCCCGUGGAAAGGGUGAUUCCAGGGCGAAAGUGUAUCCUUUUGCUAGGUGUAUUUGCCCAUUGGCGGUGCUGUGACAUAACCAAUUUCGAGAAAAGAAGGUUGUUUUCGCAGUGUGUUCUGAAUCCGCCGACUGCGACUUUCGGUGAUGAAAGGGUGAAUGGGGAAUGUUUUUCUUUUUGUUCGAUCGACGACGUCUGCUGGACGACGGGAGAAUACAUUGGGGGAGCAUUCCUUUAGCUUAAGCCAAGACGUGACCUCUCCAACUUGGUGGUGAUUGUGUUGUUUGGUGGAGAACUGGCCCGUUAUUCUAGGAAAGUGCAAAAGUUCAAGCCUGAUGGGAAUAGAUAAGAGCGAAUGCGAGAAAAACCCACAAAAGGCUACGAAGGCAGGAAACGUCGUCGUCGUAAUCCGAUACACGGACACUCUGCUUUUGGCCAACGGUGGUGUUCUGAGGCAGGAGUUGGAAGAAUUCAAAGAGUGAGCUGCCCUGGAAGAGGCGAAGAUGAAAACACAGUCCGUGGUACGAGGAUGCAGCCAGUAAGCAGCGUCGAAAGGGCAAAAGCGUGAAGCGAAAAUUGAAAAGUUUACCCGAGUGUUGCUAAUUUGGGAUUUGUGAUUGUUUGCCCGAGCCGGGCGAAGUGAAAAUUCGGCAGGAAGUGCAGAAAGCAGGGAAGCGAGUGAAAAGUUUUUCCCCGAGAUUGAUGAAGAUGAGUGUGGGAAAUUGAGAAAGACCAAAUCCGACGAAGAGGAGAAACCAUCGGAAGUGGAGGAGCAUUCUUCGCGGAGCAGAACGGAACGGAGCAGUUCUCCCGAACCGAAAUACUCAACCUGAAGAAGAACUUGACACCAACGACCGUCUGAAAAAUUCCAGUCAGAGUGCAAAGAAAACCGUUAUCAUUAUCCCGUUCGAAAUUAGCUAAUCCUCGGAAAUGAAAAUCACACCAGAACGACCGAACGGCGGCGAAGGAGGAGGAGGAUGAUUUUGGAAUCGGUCGAAGAACGUCGUGGCGGUGAGGACGCUUAGCACGCUAAUGUCGUGUCGUGAGUGUUGAUGUGUUUUUGUGAAGACGGUGGUUGUUGUUGUGGUGGUGGUGGUGGCGGUAUUAGUGAAACCGCUCAAAUCUCGAACUACGAGCAUCCUCCCAGGCUGCCUGGGUUCCUCCAGGCUAGUUUGCAAUCGGGGGGAAAAGCGGCCGCAAAAAUGCUAAUCAAGGCCAACAUUUGGAUGUACGUGUUUCAACUUGUUGUGAUGAAAGUAUCUUACAGCGUUCAUGGAUUGGACAGCGUUCACGUGCGGGUCCCGGCGGCGGUGACCGUGGGCAGCCCGGCGGUGUUGGUGUGCGAAAGUGACCUCCUCGACGAGGACCUCUACUCGGUUAAGUGGUACAAGGGGAAGCACGAGUUCUUCCGCUACACAUCGAAGGAGAUUCCGUCGAUUAAGAUCUUCCCGAAGGCGGGCAUCAACAUUAAUGUUGACCAUUGCAACGCGAGCCACGUGGUGCUGAGGGGCGUCGAACCGCACACCAGUGGGAAGUUCAGCUGCGAGAUCACCGAGGCGGCACCGUCGUUUCACACUAAGAUAGUCACUAGAGAUUUAAAUGUAGUAGAUUUACCGAAAGGCGAUCCCCGGAUCGUGGACAUGAAGCCGUACUACGGUGCCGACGAGUUUCUCGAGGUCGAAUGCAUAUCAAACGAAUCACUGCCAGCGGCCCGGCUCGAAUGGCUCAUCAACGAUCGGCCCCUCGGUGUGAUACAGCCUCCGUCCCGGCUGGAAUUUGCCACGUUGCCGGCGACGACGAACUGGAGCGACAGUAGCAGCAGCAGCAGCAGCAGCAACAAUAGUAGCCCAACCACCACUUCUUCUAGUAAGAAAUCCAGUAAGUCUUCCCUUCGCCAAAAGCAGCUCUACGACGUCGACGUCGACGAACCUGCCGGAGGAUCGGCGUUGGACAGCAACUCGCUGCAGUACCACUCGCCGGAAUUUACGGUGCCGGUGGCUGCUGCCGUAGUCGCCUCGGCUGCGGCCCUCUCACUGACGACGGCCAGCUCCCAGCUCGUGUCGUCGGCCCCAGCGCUCCCGUCGCCAUCGGCCGUGUACUCCACGGCCCCGUCGUCGUCGUCGUCGUCUAGGAAGUCUUCAUCCGGUGGCAAAAAGGGUGCACCUGUGGCACGGUACGAAACAGCCAUUUCCCGAUUAAAACUUCUGCUGGGACACGAACACUUCUACAAAGGGAAGAUUAAGGUGAAAUGUAUCGCCCGGAUAUUCGAUCUGUACGAACGGAGCGCGCUGCAGACGGCGGACGAAAACUACCCCCAGGUGCGGGUGCUCUCCAACAGCGACAACGGGGUGCACUUUUCCUUCAUGAGCGAUAAGGACGAAGCAUCAUCCGCCUCGUCAUCCCACCGGCUCUGGCCGUCGAUGGCCUCCCGUCGAUGUUGGCUGGCUGUUGGCCCUUGGCUGUACGCUAGCAGCAACGGCAGCAUCAGUAAACUCCAAGAUACUGGCCAAUUCCAAUGGCCGUCCAUCGUUGGCAGCUUGAUCGUAGUAACUAUAAUGGCAACAGCAGCAACGGUGGCAGUAUCGUCCUUUGUGCCGACUCGGUUACUGAUAGCCUUGCCAGCGUCGAUUCUGUUGCUUGCUUCCUAACGCCAGCGGAUGACGAUGACCUACUAAAGGUAAAGUGGCUGCAGAACCUGGGGGCAGAGGAGUGGGUGUGUACAGUAUUUAUGUUGUUCAGAGCAGUGCUUCUUCUUCUUCUACUUAAAUGCCAAUGUCUCCGAGAACGGUAUGGAGGAAUUCGAGAGCAACGAUGGACGUGGAUGUGGCUAGGGGGAGGCACAGCAUUCGUUACUCUUUUCGUUUACUAGAAGCUUAGUUGUAAACAAAAUCGAAAGUCGUGUAAGUGGAAAAGCUAUUUUUUGUAUUUAAACCAUGCAGCACACACACACACACACACAGUGUAAGAGUCUAACGAUAGUUAUAUUAUGAAUUUGAAGUAAUAAUCGGGGUAAACACAAUAGUUGAUAGCUGAAUAACUAGAACAAUACCACUUUUAGGCUAAUGGCGGGAAGACCGGGAGGAAAGUGAAUUUCAAUAAAACACGAUUUUGAACGAUUGAAAGAUGGUUGUACAGAGAUACACACGCCCACACAUAAACAUCUACAUUUAACACACACACACA